AUGCCCGUAGGUAGUAACAAUAAACUCGUGCGUUUUGAACCGGGAUUUUUGAAGUCGGAAGAUGAAGAACAGCCAAUGGAUCCGGAACCAAUCCAGUCUGGGGAAGUAAAAACCCAAACUCAGGCCCCUCUGGAUGCCCCUAGAGUAGAUGAGGACCUGGUAUGUGAAAAUAAGGUAGCUGAGAUUUCUGGCGACUUAAAUGAAAAUAACGCCAACUCAGUGACUCAAAUGGUCGCCGGUUGUGCUCCCUUCCAAAGGAAUUUUGACGCUGUCACAGAUUCAAGCUCUAUUGAGAGACUCAUGACUUCGGACGAUAAUGGGCAACAAGCUGAGAUAUUGCGUCUCGUCGAGAUCAAUAAAGAACUCUCCGCACAAUAUGGAACCCUUCAGGCUCAAUUCUCUGACCUGCUGAAUGAACAUAAUCGACUUCAGUAUCGGCAUAAUAUGCUAGAACUGGCAACAAUGCAGAAUUCACAGGGUGACGGAUCCAACCGAGCAAGAUCAGGCGAUGACCUCCUGCUCGUGUCACAGUAUCGCGAGGAUCUCCGAAAGCUAACCGCUGAAAAGGAGUCGCUGUGCCAGCAAGCAGCCCAACAAAGGGACGAAUUUCGCCAGACGGCAACUCGUUUGUCCUUUCUGCAAUCCUACGUGUCACAACUGCAGAAUCGCGUAGCCCAGCGAGACCUCGUUAUUCAGAAGCUAAUACAGGAACGCGCACUCAACAUGGUCCGAGAUGUGCACUCAAGGAUGCUGCACAAUGAACUGAUGGAAUUGCGUGGUGGAAUUCGUGUUAUAAUUAGGUACCUUCCAACAAGUGAAGAGUUCAGCAAUAUUGAGAUUAUCAACUCCAACAUAAUAUCGAUUCGUAAGCCUUUGUUCAACUUCAUGCAUCUAAGAAGCAAGCCACAGGGUGAAAAUUUGUCAGUCUACAACAUCCACAACAGCGAGGCAAGCAAUUCUACGGUCUUUGCUGACGUCAGGGACUACGUCGAAGCUUGCGUAGAUGGGCACACCGCCGCGAUAAUUGCGAAUGGGCCAAAGGGCACAGGAAAAACCCACACAAUGAUCGGCCCAGCGGAUGAUGCUGGAAUCAUCCCAAGGGCACUCAGUCUCAUUUCGAGGUCCUGCAGAGACCGAUCUCCAUUAUGGGAAUACAAAAUAUCCCUUAGUGCAAUUCAGGCAAGUGGUUGCUUCUUUUGCCACGUCUACAACAAUAUUGUUGAGGAGGAAAUAUAUGACUUGCUUGGCGACACCGACGAAUACAUGGAGCUCAAGAAAUGCUGGUUUCCGUCGUCCGAAAAUACGGAUGGACUUUCUAAGAUUACGCUACAUGAUAAUGGCUCAAGUAUAAUCUUGAAAAAUGUCACCGAAUUGGAGCAGAAUACGGAGGAGGAACUAAUGGAAACGUUUUGCAAAGCCUGGCAGGUUUACUCAAAAUCAAGCCACGCGGAGGUUGCUCAUUUUAUAGUCCUCGUGCGUAUCAAGGCCUAUGGGAAGGUCCCGUUGACUACGACUGCAUUCGCGUCAUCUUCUAACGCUCAAGCCAAGCCUCAACAAGUUGUCAGCCAUGGUUUUCUCAUACUGUGCGACCUGGUUAGUUUUGAUCGGGGCAAGACAAGAAAACCAGGCGUGUCUGGCUCCAAUCAGAACGAACGAUUUGGAAGGAACCAUCGCCACCACCAAAAUGCGUAA